UUCGUCUUUUCGCGCCGCUCAUCUUCUUCUUCUUCUUCUUCCAGAUAAAAUCGUAUUCCUCUGAUUUCUCCGUUCUAGAAUCACGACUCAUAGAAAAUGGGCUCACGGCAAGGACCACCGAAGCAUCAGAACAAAUUCGCCUGGGUUCCCAAAGCCGGCGUCAAGAUCAACGAAACGGAAGUAGGCGGGAGAUUUAGACCAUUAUCGGAGAUAACUGGAGUUUGCUAUCGGUGUAGAGAGCAGAUAGCUUGGAAACGCCGCUACGGCAAAUACAAAACCCUAACUGAAGCCACCAAAUGUUUUCUUAAAAGAGCGAACUUUUUUUUUUUGGGUUGUUGUUAUAGUCAGAAGUGUACUAAGCGAAAUGUUCGUCAAGCAUACCAUAAGUUAUGCCCUGGUUGUGCCAAGGAGCAAAAGGUGUGUGCGAAGUGUUGUUCCCGUGUUGAUCAAAUCCUUGGAAGAGAUAUUUAUGAGGUAGAGGCUGAACAGAAGAUGCUUGAUGAGACUAUCAAGAAUGCUAGGGAAAGGGAUCGAAGGACGCUAUUACGUGCGAUGAACAAAGAUAAUAAGCCUAAAUCAGAUGAAGCUACAAGGAGUGAUAGUAGCAAGGUCGGCGAUGUGUUUCCCUCAACAUCCCUUGAAGAAUAUGCAAACAAGUCAGGAAGAGUUAGCGGGAGUAUUGGUCAUGGUAUUGUAUCUGAUCAUGGCCAUGAUGAUGAAGCGAGUGGACCUGAAUCAGAUGAGGAUCGCACUGGUGAUGAUGAGCAUGAUUUGCGAGAAGAUAGUGAUGCAACUGAGCCAUCUCAACUGCAGAAAUAAACUCAAUUUUGAUAGUAUUGUGAGAUUUUGCAAAACCGGUUAUUGUUGUUGUUUCCAUAGACUUUACUUUGUGACCUCACUCUGCAAUGCAAAGACUAGCAAAGGAUCAUAUUAUGGUUGUAUCUUGUAUGUGAUGGGAUUUAAACGGGCCUAAAUAGUAGUUUCGUA